AUGAAGAACCAGACCAAGAUCAAGGAGUUCGUACUACUCGGAUUCACUGAGAGCCACAACCUAGAGAUCUUUCUCUUCGCGCUUUUCUUCAUCAUGUACUUCAUGACUGUAACAGGAAACCUGCUUAUUAUCAUCAUCACCCUGAUGGAUUUCCACCUCCGAACCCCCAUGUACUUCUUCCUCAGACAUUAUGCUAUUUUGGAAAUCGGGUACACCAGCGCUGUCAUUCCGACAACCUUGAUCAACCUGGCAUCCGGCAGGAAAACCAUCUCUUACGCUGGUUGUGUGAGCCAAUCCUUUCUGUACUUCUUUUUGGGCACCACUGAUUUCUUCCUGCUGACGGUGAUGUCCUUUGAUCGCUACGUGGCCAUCUGCCACCCUCUGCGGUACACCGCCAUCAUGAAUGACCAUUUCUGCACACUGCUGGUGGUGUUAUCUUGGAUAGGGGGCUUUACCCUGGUCUUUGGUCAAACCAUGCACUUCCUUCAGUUUCCCUUUUGUGGCUCAAAUGUCAUUAACCAUUUCUUCUGUGACACCAGCCCUCUACACAAACUCCUCUGCGGAGAUACAAGGAUCCUGGACCUCAUCAGCUUCAUUUCUGCUGUGUUUUCUCUGCUUGGGACUUUAGCGGUCACCGUUGUCUUUUACAUGAAGAUUAUCUCCACCGUUCUCCGCAUCCCAACGGCUGCCAGUAGACAGAAGGCCUUUUCCACCUGUGCUGCCCACAUCACCGUAGUCUCUAUCACCUACGGCAGCUGCAUAUCUAUGUAUGUCAAGCCACUGCAGGAGGAUGGGCAAGAUUUCAACAAAGCCGUGGCUGUUCUCAAUAAUGUGGUGUGUCCUCUUAUGACCCCAUUUGUUUACAGUCUGAGGAAUAAGCAGGUCCAAAAUGCUUUAAAGAAUGCUUUUGACUGUAAAAUAGUAUUUAAUAAAAUGCAGAGUGUCUCAUGA